AUGACUUUUUCCCCUCAUGUGUCCAUCUCCAGACCGUUUAUUACGGUUACUCUUUUGGUCAAUCAAACCACUAUAACAACCAAAGCCUUAAUCGAUUCAGGUGCUGCAGACAACCUUAUGGAUGAGAACUUUGCUAAAACAGCAGCCUUGACUCUGAUCCAAAAGGCCACACCCUUGGCCGUUGAGGCCAUAGAUGGUAGACCACUUGAAAAACCUCUGGUGACCCAUGAAACCCAAGAAAUGGUUAUGACGGUGGGUGCCUUGCAUAGGGAAAGGUUAUCCUUCCAAAUAAUUAACUCCCCUACAGCUUCCAUCGUUCUGGGUUUUCCCUGGUUAGUUAAACACAACCCAGUACUUGAUUGGGGUUGUUUAGAUAUACUCUCCUGGGGGGAAUCUUGUCAAUGAGACUGUAUGGCCCGUAUACGUUCUGUUUGUUUACUCAAUGUGCCCACAGCUAAACCACUUUCUGUUUCUAUCCCUUCUGCGUAUGCAGACCUCGCAUUAGUUUUUGAAAAAAGGGAGGCUGAUAAGCUACCUCCACACCGCAAUUAUGACUGUGCCAUAGACCUGUUACCAGGUACUAUGCCCCCUAGGGGUAAGGUCUACCCGCUUUCUGAGAAAGAAAAUCAUGUCAUGGAGGAAUACAUACGAGAAUCCUUACGUAAAGGUUUUAUCAGAAGGUCCUCCUCUCCAGCUGGUGCUGGUUUCUUUUUCGUUGCCAAGAAAGAGGGCGAUUUGAGGCCAUGUAUAGACUACAGGGGUCUGAACAAUAUAACGGUUAAAAACGCUUAUCCUAUCCCUCUCAUUACUGAGUUGUUUGAUCGUGUUAAAGGUUCUAAAUAUUUUACUAAACUAGACCUCAGGGGGGCUUAUAAUCUGGUUCGUAUAAAAGAAAAUGAUGAAUGGAAAACAGCGUUCAAUACACGCAGUGGGCAUUACGAGUAUCUAGUCAUGCCUUUUGGACUGUGUAAUGCUCCUGCUGUGUUUCAGGACCUCAUAAAUGAUGUCCUUAGAGAUCUACUGCACAUCUAUGCCGUAGUCUACCUUGACGACAUACUUGUAUAUUCUCCUGAUUUGAAGUCACACCAUACUCAUGUGAGGAUGGUGCUUAAGAGGUUGUUGCAGAACGGUCUUUAUUGUAAGUUAGAGAAAUGUUUAUUUGACCAAAAAUCUGUACAAUUCCUAGGGUAUGUCAUUUCUGAACAGGGAUUCAGCAUGGAUCCUUCUAAGUUAGAAGCCAUACUGUCUUGGCCUCUUCCCCAAGGACUUAAGGCUAUACAGCGGUUUAUAGGGAUUGCCAAUUAUUAUCGUAGGUUUAUUAAAAAUGUUUCAUCAAUUAUUUCUCCAAUCACGAAACUGACUAAAAAAGGUUUGCACCCCAGGGUUUGGACUCCUUAAGCCCUUGAAGCCUUCAAGACUCUCGGCGUUAAAGCAAUAGUACCAUAAUCACAGUGGGAGGUGUAAAUAUCUCCCACGUGUGAUUGUUAAUUCUGAUUGGAAGUUAUCCAAUCAGAAUCAAGCAAAGCAUUUAUAUACUUACCUUUCCUGUCUCUCAGUGCCCUGUUGUGGUCUUGUGAUACCUGUAUUGCAGUUUGCUCGUGUUUCUCUCUGGUUACCGAUUAUUUGGCUUGUUUAUUCGAUUCUCCUGUAUUCUCCAUUCCUUUGACCUCGGCUUGUUUCUCGUUCUCCUGUUUUCUGGCUCCCUUUACUUGGCUUGUCUCCUGACUAUUCUUAGUGUGCUUUAACCCGGCCACUCUAAGGACCGGUAUAGCACCCUUCCUCUCUGUGACCUGUUAGCGUGUUAGGUUCCUGAAUUGUGACAGACACAAGCCACCCUGAUAUUAUCCUGUAGGAUAAACGUGAUAAAUAAAUUUUUCCCUAGAUGAUGGCAUGUGGUCCAGUCCUUAAAACAGCAAAGGAACCCUAAAUCAUGCUGCUCUGUACAGGGUACGUAACCGUUAGAGUGGCAUUUUCACGUUGGUAUGCGGCGCCCUUUUUACACCAUACAUAGUUCUGCUUGCCCUUCCCAAACAACUCAACCUUAGUUUCAUCCACUUAACAUUUUCCUAGUAGUGCUGUGGAGUGUAAAGAUAGCCUUUGGCAACCUUUAGGAGCCCGGCAAUGUUUUUGUUUUGGAAAGCAGUGGCUUCUUUGUGGUGUUUUUCCAUGGAUACCAUGUCUGUUCAAUGUUUUCCUAUAGAAGACUCAUGAUCGGAGAUGUUAACCAGUUCCAAUGCUUUCGUCAAGUCUUUAGCUAUCACUCUAGGGUUCUUUUUUACCUCACUGAGAAUUGUGCGGCGGCUGGAUGGCCACUUGUAGAGACAGUAUCCACAGUACUAAAUCGCCUCCAUUUAUAGACAAUUUGUCUAUGAGUAGACAGGUGGAUACCUUAUCUCUUUGAGAUAAGUUUGUAACCCUUUCCAGCUUUAUGCAAUGCAACAGUUCUGCUAUCAAUGAACAUAAUGGAUGCCAGGAUAUCUGUAUGUAACCAGCAGGCUGGUUUGUUUGUUGGAAUGUAUAUUCAAGUGAGAGAGGCAACAGGAUUUUGCAAGCAGGGUAAGGACUGAGAAAUACAUAAUGUAAAAUCAGGGAAAGGAGGAUAACACCCAACUAUCCUUCCUUCUGGGAAGUGAAAACCUACUCCUGGGUCAUACAGGUCUCCAAUCUUGAGCAAUGUAUUUACGACAAAGUAUCUAUUCCUUUUGGUGGACUUUCCUCGUUUGCAACUUACUGGUGAAGGGCAGAUAGCUCUACGGAAUUUGUUAGCACUUUAUCAAUAAUAAAAUAAUAAUAGAUAAAGACAUGGGGCGCCCAAAGAUGGUCAACUGAACGAGCGUGGUUCUCUUUUUGAUCAAUAGUUUUGCCUUCCUGGAAUUGUAACAAAACUAGAAAGAUCUGACCCAUUCAUAGACUCCAGUAGAACAUGAGAGAAGCAAAUUAAAAAAACAAAAAAACAAUUGGGGAUAAGGACAUAAACCUACAUGUACAUACACACAGACAGACAGACAUACACACACACAGACACACACACAGACAAACCUUAGAGUUUUACUACCACCUAGACAUAUGAGAUAAGCAGAGGGCUCUUUCACAAAUAAAAUAAUGAUGAUGUAGUAUCUUAUAAGUUGGUCCACAGGAUUAAAACUGAAAAUUCCAUUUAUAGAAAAACAAAAAGCAAAAGGAUUACAAAAAGUUUUAUUAUGUAAGGUAUAAAUUAGUAUUCAGUGUAUGUAUUCUAACAAAAAAUGUAAUUAUGCUUUAUUGUAGGAUUGCAACCAAACAUGCCCUUAUUAUAGACAGCAGGAUGAACCGGCCAGACAGCUUCCGAAAGCAGCCAGAGAGGGAGGAAACUCAUCCAGAGGUGGAGUGCAUGGAUAGUAGGGUGGAGAUACAUAAAGUGAUGAAAUUAAUGUUGUUACAGCAUUUUAAAGAAUCUAGAAACCAGGUUUACUUAUAGAAGGUGAUCUGGACAAUUUAAGGACAAGAUUUAUUUUUUUUUACAACCAAAACGCACUGGACUACAUCCAUGAUGUCUUUUAGCUACCACACUCAAUGAAUGGCAGACUGGAUGGCAGCAACACUGUAAGUAAGCAAUGGCAACCGUCACUUGAAUGAAGAACAACACUGAGAUCAAGCCACACUUUCUUAAAGGAACUAGCCAUCAUUGAGACACAGCCACACUCACUGAGAGACAGCCAUACUCACUGAGAGACAGCCACGCUCACAGAGACAGCCACACUCAAUGGGAGACAGACACACUUACACUUUCUGUAAAACAACUGCACUAACAGGAAGAACUCAGCACUCAUUGAGAGACAGUCACACUUACUAGGAGACAGCCAUAUUCACUUAAAAAGAAACAGAACAUAAUGUGGAGGAGUCCCUCUAUUACUGAGAUUGUCACACUUACUUUAAGUUAGCAGCACAUAGUAGUAGCAAGAUGCACUCAGAGUAAAACAGUUAUCCUUACUGUUAGGACAUAACACACAAUGUCAGUAAAUCACACUCUUAUAUCACCACUCACUGGAAGGCAUUAACUGUCUAUAAAACUGCCACACUCACGGUCUAUUUAACAGCCACACUCACUAUCUGUUAAACAGCCACAUUCACUCUCUAUGUAGUAGCCACACUCACUGUAUAUGAAACAGUCACACUCACUUCCUAUGAAAGAGUCACACUCACUGUCCAUAAAACAGUCACACUCACUGUCUAUGAAACAGUCACACUCAGUGCCUAUGAAAGAGUCACACUCACUGUCCAUAAAACAGUCACACUCACUGUCUAUGAAACAGUCACACUCACUGUCUAUGAAACACUCACACACUUACUGUCUAUGAAACAGACACACUCACUGUCUAUGAAACAGUCACACUCACUGUCUAUGAAACAGUCACACUCACUGUCUAUGAAACACUCACACACUUACUGUCUAUGAAACAGACACACUCACUGUCUAUGAAACAGUCACACUCACUGUCUAUGAAACAGUCACACUCACUAUCUAUUUAACAGUCACACUCACUGUCUAUGAAACAGUCACACUCACUAUCUAGUUAACAGCCACACUCACUGUCUAUGAAACAGUCACACUCACUAGUGAUCAGUAUCAGUCAGAACAGUUUAUACUCAUCCAAAUGACUGUAUGCCCGUCUUUCUGUUAGAAGACUCUAUAUUUCAGACUCUUUCACUAACUCUGUGUAUGACAAGUUCACCUUACAUCAUUGAUCAAUCUAUAUACGUAGCAGUGAAACUGCCAGCAAAUAUAUAUUCUUACCCUAUCUCAUACAUAGAACAGGCAACUAUACUUCAAGGCUGAAAAAACCCUAAUAUAAUAAGCCGCCAGGAGAAGAAAAUAUAUAAAGUUGUGAUAAAAAAAUGUUUUUACAAAAAAAAAUAUUUUUUUAACUUCUAAAUACUGAAAAACUAUGUUGUGAUUAUGUAUUUGUUUAGCACAACAAUAUACAUUUUAUUUUUCUUAAAUAUGUAUUCUCCUGAAGAUUUGUUACUCCUGUUAAUCCUAGCAGUUGGUGGAUUCUGCCAUGUCACUAGGGGGCAGUGCAGAGCUGUGGCUCUACCUUCAGUCACAUGUAGACUCGGUAUUUACUGCUAUGCCAGGAGCAUAGAGGUAAAAGCUAAUCAGAUAAAAAGGGAAAAUGUGCAUAACUGGGCAUUUCUUACAUUUCUAGAAAUUUGACUAGCACAAUGUAUCGAUGGAAUUUUAUUUUCUUAUUUCACUUUUUUCAUGUGAGGCAUGAAUGACCAAUGCAAUUUAAAUCCCUCCAAAUAGUUUAAAUUCUUUUAGAGUUUUUGUUUCUGUUUUGUUUUUACAAUAGACAUAUUUAUUUAUUUAUUUUUAAAUUCUUUAUUUAUUCCAAGGCAAGACAGUACAUCCAAGACAGGAUAUAACACGUUAUUACAGUAUAUUAUCACAGUCAGGUUUAUCUCGCAUUUUCCUAAUAAUUAAACAUUUGUUUCUUUCUUCUAUUUGUAAUUCGUUGUAACAGAUAGUGAGAUUAGUAAACAGCCCGUCUCUGGGUUCUUGUCCUUCUUGGUGUUUUUUUUUUUUUUUUUUAAUUAAAAGUAUAACAUAAACAUGUAUAGCUGAAAUUACAAUGCAACCAUUUCUUGUUUCGUUUCCCAUCCGUUAGCUUUUGAGAUCGUGUGUCCACAUCAGUUAGUAAUGCAUUGUAUUAAAGACCGUACAAUAGUAGUAGAUUGAUCGUGAGAGAUUCUCACAUAGGACAGUAUGAUAAGAUAGUGAGAAGAAUAAGGGAAGGGGGGGGCAAGAGAAGGUAGAGGAGUGGGGGGGGGGGCACGAGGGGUGUCAAGUGAGCUUGCCUCUGUCCGAGAUGGGUCUGUCCGGGGGAGCCUCCAAUUGUGGGUCUGUCAAGCAUUCGCUGUGCUAGUUAUCCAAGGGCCCCAUAUUUUUUCAAAUUUUCUCGUGGUUCCUCUUACCCGGGCUGUUAGAUCAUGCAUCAGGCAAGUAUCUUUAAUUUUUUGUAUCACCGCAGAAAGGCUGAGGGCCUCUCUCUGCAGCCACACCUGUGCCAAAGCUCUCCUAGCGGCCAGAUUCAAAAUAUGUAAUAAGGUUUGUGCUGCGUUAAAAAAAUUUCUGCUGCGUCAAAUUUUCUAUAGAUCUGGCCAGUAGGAAUACCCAUGGGUCUAGCUUAAUCUCUUUCUCAAAUACGUUUCGCAGCAUCUGUGCAACUUAUUGCCAAUAAACCUGUACUAUUGGGCACUCCCACCACAUGUGGAGAUAUGUUCCCUUUAGGCCGCAUAGGUCAGCAUAGGUCAGUUGGAAUUUUAUUAAUUCGGCAUAAUUUUACUGGUGUAGUAUACCAUCGAAAUAGCGUCUUAUAUGAUUGUUCCUGCAGCGAGACACACAUAGAGGACCACCUCCUACAUUUCCUGCCUCUCUAUACCCUCCAAUGUCUCGCCCAAGUCCGCCUCCCACUGAUCUAUGUAUGUAAUUCCUCCCCAUUCUAGUGUGUUGUUGCAUAGAUGCGUGUAUAGAUAUGAGAUCAACCCGCCCGGAAAAUUUUCCUUUGCACACAUCCUCUCGUAGAAUGUCAUCUGUGUCCCUGCGGCUUUCUUUACCUGAGGGUCUUGGGCAUGGUCUCUAAGCUGAAUAUAUCUGAAAAAAAUCAAAGGGUCUCAGAGGAGUUCUGGUUUGCAGUUCCUCGAAUGUUACAAAUGACCUCUCCUUGAACAAGUGAUAUAGUCUUUGCAGCCCUGCGUGUUCUAUGCCUCUGAAAUCCCAGGCUGUCAUUCCUGGUGUGAAUGCUUUGUUCCUUAAGAAACAAGAUCAUUGGAGAAAGGGAGGAUAUAUUUUGUGGCGGCUGCGUCCCAUAUCUUCAGCGAGUUUGAGAUUGCUGGGCAGAUCACGCUAAUGAUUGGUCUAUGUUCCUUAGGAGUCCACAUAUAAAACUGAGGCAUAUCCAGAAGUACUUAUAUGGACUUGGACGCGAGAGAACUCGGAAAAGGUGUUAUGAAGCACACGGAUUGGUGGACAGGGCGUGGAAUACGGCGAGAGGGACUUUUCAAAGAAGACAGAAGACAUAGGAUUUUUAUUGAUGUAUUUUAUUUGCUUGUAUCAUAUGUUUUACUAUUACUGCUCCUGAUGAAGUCUAUUGUAUAGACGAAACACGUAGAGCUGUAUUGAUUUUUACCUGCAAUUCCUGUUAGCUGCUUCUUCCAUUCACCACUCUGGAGAGAGGGAUACAGAUCUUUGAUGGGCGUUUUUAUUUUCCACUUCUUGUAAGUGGAACUGCAAACCAGAAGCCCUCUGAGACCCUUUGAUUUUUUUCAGAUAUAUUCAGCUUAGAGACUAUGCCCAAGACCCUCAGGUAAAUAAAAGCAUGUUUUUUAUAUUAUUAAGAUUUCACACUAUGUCCAGUUUUUUUCGCAUGUACCCUUGAGGAAUUUCAUUGCAAGAUCUAAAGAAACCUUGGUGGGCUUGAAUUAUUCCUUUAUUCUGUGAGUGCAAUAUUUACAGCAGGGACUUUUCUACUAAACGGUGUUUCCCUAUGAAUGUUCUCUGCUUUUGUUUUUUUCUAGGUGUAUCUUGUUUUGGCUAUCCUUGAGAAGUUAUCAUGGGGUGCCGAACAGAACGUAAAAUCGCAAUCGUCCGGAUAUCUAUGAGGCCUGUGUUUUGCAAUCUACCCCGCUGCCCAUUUCCCCCUGGCCAUACCUUAAGUCCUGUACAAUAUCCUUCAUCUGAACCCCAAGUUCCCAUCUAUGGGCCGGCAUGGUCGCAGUACGUCAGUCGGUAACCGUGUAAAUAAAAUAAAAUAGGAUUAACCGAUUUUCCCCUUGGAGCCCCAGAAGGGAGAGGGAUAGCCGGCCCCUCUCAAGGAAAUGUAAGCCCUAACCCUCCCAACAGUGAAUGGAAACUCCCCGAAUUGAGACCCCUCGGGCCGACCCAGGGAAUUAUGGCCGAAGCUGGAGAGCUUUCUGCUACUCUCCCAAUGAGGCGGCACACCCCUAAAUUCUCCCUCCCAAUUACAGGCAACAAUCCCACCCGUUAAGCCGACCUGCCGGGGUCAUCCCUCGCCACUCACCGGCCUCCAAUUAGAAGCACCUGCCCCCCGAUCUCACUCACCCUCCGUAUACCAAUCGCGGGGUAGUGGGUGUACAGUCGCUGCUGCAGUAUCUGGGACCGCUAGAUCUCCCGGGGCCUGCACCCCCAACUCUCAGAGGAAAGCCACCAGAUCACCAUCUGGAUGCAGGAUCUUAGAGCGCCCCUCCUUGAAGGCCAUCAGCCAAAACGGAUGGCCCCAUUCAUAUUUGAUGGAGUGUCGUUGAAGUAGGUCAGUAAUUGGGCGCCAGUCUCGUCGCUUCACAGGGUAUCUGGAGUCAGGUCCUGGUACAAGGCCAAUUUCGCCCCUUUGUGUAUAAUCAGGCCUUCCCUGCUGCAACACAUUAAGGCUUCUUUCAUUUGAAAGUAUUGAAAUUUAAUUAUGACAUCUCUGGGCCGGUUGUCAUCCGCCCGUCGAGCCCGUAACGCCCGGUGUGCCCUCUCGAUGUGCCAGUGGUUCUCCACAAUGCCUGGGAGGAGCGGUUUCAAUAUGGAGGAGGCUACUUCAGUUAGUGAGCCUUCCCCCCCGUUCUGGCAGUCCCCGCAGCCUAAUGUUAUUUCGUUGUGAGCAGUUGCCCAGAUUGUCUAGCGCAGAUUCAGCCGCCGCUAACCUGGUUGUUCGUUGGCUGAUUUGUGCAGCGGCUUCAUUGUGGGCCUCCACCGUGCACUCCACUCUCUGCUCUAGGACCAAUGUCCUCGCUCUCUGUGCUUGGAUUUCCACCUUGACUUCGGCGGUAUUCCUGGCUAUCUCCGUUGCCAGGUAAGUUCUCACCUCUGCCAGGGUUGCCAGAUUCUGCUUAGCUUCCGUCUCCUGUGGGCCAGGUGCAGCGCCAGAUCCUGAGCUGGCGGGAGAUCGAGGUGCUCCAGGGCUAUCCCGUCCGCCAUCUUGGGUGGUAAGUCUCAUGGCGUGGGAGGCUGCAAAGAGGUCCGACACCGUUGUGCCCUGCUCCGGUUGUUUUUCCAUCUGCUUUCUUGGGGCCCUCUUAUCCAUCGCGGGUUCUGUAGAAUAUUGCAUAUUCUAUGUUUCUAUUGAUUAUACAUGGAUGUGUGGAUUGACAUAAGUAACAGAUGGUAUAAGUCACAAGGCUUUCUUUGUCUGAAACUCUGGAAUGUAAGUUGGAGGUUUUGUCCUUAUAUGGUCAUAUCUAUAUAGUAACUGAACACGUGGUCUCUCGUUCUCUUGGCUCUCUAGCUCUCUUUUGAUGGAAAGAUGUAAGGAUGUAACUCUCCCGUCAGGAGUCCAGCAAUUACCAUCUGCUGUUGAACAUUCAUUAUCCUGUAACAUCAUUUGUUGUUUUAUUAUGUAUCAGUAACUAAGAAUAAACCUGAAGAAACCAUAAGUCAGAUUGCGUAUUAGUACUUUUCAUUAUAAUGUCGCGAGCAUUUGGCCCAAGACUAUAUGUACAAAAGACAUAUAUAUAUCAAUCAACUGACGACAAGACGAAAUUAAGAAGAUUUUACAUCGAUCGUUCCAACCAGAUUUUACAGGGUUCCCCCCUUGUUGAUUUUAUUUAGUUCUGCCGCUUUUAUUAGCUGUUGGUCCGGCAGUCCCGGCGGGUGCGUCCAGCUCGCUCCGACCUCAGACCACGCCCCCAAUAGACAUAUUUAUAAAGAAGGAUUAUGUGCCAUUGGUCACAAGCGCACAAAAAAAGGUUUUGGAUGUAAAAAAAUAUGUUGUUUUUACACAUGUAGUAAAGAGUGACUUGUGUUGAGUUAGCAAAUGUGUCAUAAAGUUUUAGUAGCAGUAGCUACUUGGAAAAGAAAUUGUCACACACUGCAUGGGGGUUUACCUUAAUACUGUUUUAUUGAUAGUACAGAUGUCCUUCCUGAUCCUCUGUGAUAAAGUAAUAAAAUAAUAUGUAGUGUAGACAAUAAGCCAAGUUAAGCUGUUUUAAAAUAAAAUAAAAAGUAAUCUCAAGACUUUCUUGUCCAACAGACUAAAAGCGAACUUGUGGGAAAUCGAGUAGCCAACCACAAGCAAAAAGAUGGCGGGUAUAAUGUUAAAAACAAAAAUCAAACAGUGAAUGGGUCUGAUAUAUUGGUGGUGGUGGGGGAAGAGGCUGCCUCCCAAUGGAGGCUCAUCAAUAGGGGUGCCCCACCAGUUUUUAUGUGGGAAAACGUGUUUGCGAUAGUUUAGAAACAGUAAGAUAAUUUUUCUGGAGAGGAGGGUGGCAAGCAAAAACAGUAUGGAAAAAAUUUAUGUCUCUUUAACUUUGUAAUAGGUUUUACUUCUGCAGGACCCUCCCCCCACAUUGGUAGCUGUUUGUAGAAGCUGACUAGAGAGGAUCUAGGCAUGUCUAAACAAUGGGGCUGGUUUGAAAUCUGCCCUGUUUCAGCAGGUUUUGCACAUGCCCAGUGUCCUUUAAGUAGAAAUUUUAGGAAUUUCAAUUGAGUUGCCAUUCAGACAACAGAGCCAGCUGCCCAUGCGUGGCAGCAUGUCUUUUCAGGGGCCAUCAUUGGCUGAUAGCACCAGGAGGUGGGGUUACAGUGUACGCAGGAGAGAGAGGCAAGACGCCAUCUUAGAUGUAACACAGAAAGAGCACAGCUGCAGCAGCUCCUAGCCCCUGCCAAAUGUAAAUGUAUAAUGUUAUCUUUUUGUCCCCCCUAAUAUCCCUUUCCUAAGGGCUGCUUACGCAAAGGGAAUUUACUCAAAAAUAUAAAUUUAUAUAAAGCCAUGGGUGACAAGGGGAGGGGGCAUUUCUGACACAGAGUAAUGUGCUGUCUGUCACUAAUAGUUUUAAUAACUCCUGCUGCAUGUACCCACCAUUGUCUUUAAAGAGUUCAGUCACUCUACAGCUGAGACCUGAGACACUCAUGCUGUGGCUAUUUGAAAAGAUGUGAAGCUUCAAACUGCAGGACUGUGGCUGUGACUCAGAGGACUGAACUGAUUCUGGGUUCAGACUGUUUUAAUCUGAAAUGAUUGUUAAUUCUGCUAAUCAUGUCAGCUACUUCUUGGCUCCAUAUUACCACUACAGAUUAAUUAUAUUGCCAACUGCAAAGGUAAUGAGGAGUCUAUAGUAUCCUGCUGCUUUAACUCUGUGUACACUGUGUGCUGAUCAAAGAUGACCAUCAGGUGGCCCCAAGUGCAUGGGCAACCCGAUAGGCUCCUUGAGCUUGCCUGCCCGCUGCACCGGCAGUAGUUUCGCCACUGCCACUAUGUGUAUUUUGUGGAAACUUUAUGUGAUAUCUAUUAAACAUCAAUACGUCUGUAACCGUGUUACAGAGUAACAGAAUCUGCUGUGGCACUUUAUAAAACAAAGAAAUAAAAAAAGACGUUCAUAUUUAUCCCAAGAUUGAAAACGGCUUAUAUUUAACAGAAUUGUAUGAUUUAUAAUCUAUUUGUUUAAUAAAAUCAUACUGAGAUUUAUUCAUUAAACAGUGAAUUGUAGCAAAUUCAAAAUCAAGUGUCUGAAAUAGCCAAGCCUAGAUUAUAACUCUCUUGGAGAAUUUCUCCAUAAUACAUAUUUUUACCUAAAUUUCGCAAUCUGGUUCGUGUCGCUGUUUAGUGAAUAAACCUCAAUGUUUCAAAAGUAUUUAUUAUCUGCAUCUUUCCUUGUUCGUUAAAAACAUUCGAAAUUAGGACACACUAGACACAGCACGGCACGAGGAGGAGGAAGCAAUUAGCGUUGUGGAGGUGUUAGAGAAUUUGCCUUCAAAUUGCCAACAGGAAUACCUCUAUAAUUAUAUGCUUAAUUGUAUGUUAUUAACUGUAAGACACAAAAUAUUUGUUUACAUACAUGGCAAUAAAAAGGGAGACGAGGAAACGGGGAGAAGAAUGAGAAAAAGGAAAAUAAGAUAAUGUUAAAUAUAGGGGGAUUUGGGGUAAGAGACAAAUAAUUAUGCACAAUAACAUAUUUGUGGAUAUACCAUCCCAUCAUGCUCUGCUGUAUUUAAAACAUUACCAUAUCUCUCCGUAUUUAAAACGUGAAGGAGGAAGGCACUAGUGAGUGUUAGCUAUUGAAAGCGAUGUAUGUAAUUAAUCAUGUAAAACAAGACUGAAGCAUUUAAUGGACAUAAAUUAUGCAAAUAUAUAUUCUCUGUGCGUUAAACACAGACGGCCCUCAAUUAAUAUUUUAUGAAAAUAGCAAAAAUAUAUAAAUAUUUAUAUCAAUAUAUACAUAAAAAAUCAAUGUAUCAAAAAAUAUCUAAAUAUUUUUUUUUUAAAGUUUAUCUAGAAAUGUUAAAUUAUUUGAAAAGCUUAUCCAAAAUAUAUUAAUCCAAGGCCACGUCAAUGUCAAUGCUGUGUAGUUCUAUAAUACACUCACACAACACUCAUUGCUGUGAGAUUUAGAGCAGUGGCGUUCACACACAUACGCACAACACUAUUGAGCGUUUUGUUGCCGAAUUUCCAUCAAAUGUACAUAUUUAAAAAAGAACUUUAAAAAUAAGUUGUUCCCCCACCUGCCAAUCAAUUAUUUGGCACAGAAUAAGCCUAGACCUGUAUGCUGAGAAUUAACUGACAGUGGAGAGCAGGAGAACCCUCCUACAGAUACCAUUGUUACCAUGGUUACUCCCUGAUCAGCUGUUCUUGCGCUUCCUGAGGUAACAUAAAAUGGAGUGACUGAUGUCACUCUGUUCAGUUGCAAUGAGAUCAGUGUGUCAGCGUCAAAUCAAAUCAGAGCGCGGGAGGAACACAGGUGGGCAGACCAGCAGUCAUGGCAGGUCUGACGCCAAAGUAGAAUGUGUUAAUAUCUAAAAUGAAAUCAGUUAAAUAUGUAAUUUAUCUCUAUAAUAAAAUGUCAUAAAAGGUUUACUUUACAGAGAAUUUGUUUGUUCAAAAGGCCACAACCAAACAUGUACAGUACUCAGAUCUCUAAAUACUUUAUUAAUACGCGUUUUGAGGCGAGUGAUUGCCACACUCGCCAUUUCCAGUUUCCGAUGGGCCGUUCCCACAUUACCUCAUCAUAACAGAGAUAAAGAUGUUAAGUAACUAAAGAAUUUCCACCACAGGGUUAGGAAGACAUGGUGGGUGAGGCUGCACUGACUAAUAUGUGUUUUUGUUUCAUUCUAUAUAUAAAGAUAGGUAAAUAUUGAAAUCACUGUUAGUCAUCCUAGGCUGACUGAGAUGACCUACAUGAAAUGUUUCUUGGUGACGGAACUACAGUAUGUGAUGUUGGUCCCACUCUGAAACUUUUACAAGUUUGCCACUUCUGUCUUGUUUUGUUUGUGUCUUCCAACAGUACAAACAUGACCACAAACUGGGCGGUUUCUCAGAGAUUGGUCCACAAUGAGGGAACUGUGCGACAUUAGAAUUUAAUGACAGACUCUUUUUCCCCCUGCACCCUCAUAUAACUCAGGCUGCAGUAGAAGCUUAUUUUUGUUUUUAUUUUUUGUGUUUAUGUGAAAUGGCAUCUUUAAGUGUAGUUUUGUCAGUCUGUUGCCAUUUUGCUAAGUUGGACAAUAAAUCCCAAGAUCAGCCAGUCCAUUGUAUGCAGAACUGUGGUCUUAUCAACCCAUCUUCAUAACUCCCAAAAGUCCUUUAAAUGGUGAAACUGUCCCAGUUUGGGACACAUAUCUGUCCUCCAUCCCAUAUCUGCUGGUCAUCUUCUAGAAGCACCACUGACUGCACUCAGGGAAAUAAAUUGAAAGUGCAUCAGUGAAUAUAAUAUAUUUCAAAAUUAAGCCCUGUACUCAAACUCUCACUACUCCUGGGCGACAGCAAUGACUAUAGUACACAUCUGCCCCCGAAAGAUAUACAAUAAAAACCAAAGAAAAAAGAUACUUGCACACUAUCUAAAAUCUCUAUGUAAAUGUAAAUAUAUGGAUGUUUUUAGUAUCAUUCCAGUGGCCAUUCGAGUGUAAGCUCACCUGCCAAAUCAAGGAAAAACCUUAAGUACUCUGCUAACAAUUCACCUUGCUGCUUUUAGCUAAAAGGUAAAAUCUCUGAGACAGUAAGGGUUAUUUUUCUAAAUCCCUACACACUUAAUAUUAAGAGUUAAUAAAUGUAGGGGUUUAGAAAAAUGCCCAUUAUAUCAUUAGAAAACACACAUUUUGACCAUGCCCCUACCCAACUCACUAUCAUACUUCCCAAUAUUAGAUGAUAUGCGUCCUAAGGAAAUGAUCAGUUAUCAGUCCUGUACAAAAUCCGCAAACCAUAGAUCUGUGAUAGAAAUAAUAUAUUAUUUAAAUUAAAUACAUUUCCUUCUUUUUUUUUUUUUUUUUUCUUAUUUUAGCACUAUGAAAGAAUCAAAUUGCUGUUGUGGAUAGUGAAGCUAAAACCGGCAAAGACAUGUCAGCGAGAAUAAUAACACAAGGUAAUAUUUUUAUUUAUAUAAAGUGUUUGCAUACAAAUAAGCAUUGCUGACAGACAAGACCUUGUUUUGUUUGCGUAUGAGCAUAUCUCCCAAGUGUCCCAGAUUCAUUGGGACAGUCCCAAUUUGGGAGCCAGUUUCCACUGUUGCAGUAUGUCUGCACCCCAUUGAGGUGAAUGGGGAGGUCUCACCUGGCUUGAUAUUUCUCUUACAGGUAAGCAGACAGAAGAUGAUAUCUACUGCGCCUGCCUCUCCAAAUCCUUAUGCCAGAUAUCCACGCCAGUGACUGUCGGAUUAUACGCCCCAUUUGGAGGUCGUGUUUACAUUCUACUGGAUCGCAUUACAAGUAAGCAAAAUAAAGUGAUGCCCAAAGUAAAAAAUCACUACAUAAAGCAGAAGUCACUAAUACACCCAAUAUUUUGCAUAUGAGGAGAGUGGAAUUCUUUACCACAUUUUGCUGAAGUCAUAUACAAUUCAGUAGAGUACAAGACUUACCAGGCCUUCUCAAAAAUAUUGCACUGAUUUACAAAUUUCGAUCUGUAACUAUGCUCCAAGUGUAUAUUAAAGGACCACUAUAGUGCCAGGAAAACAUACUCGUUUUUCUGGCACUAUAGUGCCCUGAGGGUGCCCCCACCCUCAGGGUCCCCCUCCCGCCGGGCUGAAUGGAGAGGAAGGGGUUAAACUUACCUCUUUUUCCAGCGCCGGGUGGGGAGCUCUGCUCCUCCUCUCCUCCCUCUUCUCCUCCUCUUCGGCUGAAUGUGCAUGCACGGCAAGAGCCGCGCGCACAUUCAGCCAGUCCAUAGGAAAGCAUUCUCAAUGCUUUCCUAUGGACGCUGGCGUCUUCUCACUGUGAUUUUCACCGUGAGAAGCACGCAAGCGCCUCUAGCGGCUGUCAAGAGACAGUCACCGGAGGCUGGAUUAACCCAUUUAUAAACAUAGCAGUUUCUCUGAAACUGCUAUGUUUAUAGAAGAAAGGGUUAAUCCUAGCUGGACCUGGCACACAGACCACUUCAAUUAACUGAAGUGAUCUGGGUGCCUAUAGUGGUCCUUUAAUAACAGGUGGAAUUAACAAAAUACUCAUUUGUAUUUUUGUAUUGAUUGUUGCCUGUUCUCAUAGUAUUUAUAAAUAUCAUUUAUUUAAAAGAUCCCAGAUAAGUUUAUAUCUUUUCUGAAAAAAAUGUGAAUAUGAGUGAAAGGAAGUAUUCCCGGUGAUCUAUAAAAUGGUAUAAUUUUCUCUCAUUUCGUACUCUUCCGUAGACUCUCUAUAUUUCCAGUUGGCGUGCUUUUGAAAUGUUAACAUUGUAGUAGAGUCCAAAUACAGAGUCCAAACGUGGCUUUUAUUAUCUUUUCUACAUGUAUAAAUGCCAUUACAGCAGCUUUACUUCACAAUUAACAACAAUGCAGCCAUUGCUCUGGGGCUUAUUUUUGUUCUUUUUUGUUUGUUUUGGUUUUAAAGAAUAUGGCAUAGUGCAACAUUAAAAAACUUAUUUUCAUCCAUCAUAAUGUGCUUUCAUUUUUAUUUUGGAUAUCUUAUAUAUAUUUCCAUUUUUCGCAAUCUACCAUUGCAUAUAGCUGAAAGACAUGCAUAUAUACUAAUGAAAAAAAACCUAUAAAAAUAAUUUAAAAUAUUAUCACUGUAUAGAUCAUUGUCAGAUUUGAUUUGUUCUCUUGCUGCGGAGCUAACUCAUUGCUUAUACCUUUCAGAGUGCAUGAGGGAAGAGGCAUUACGUGUCACCGAAAAGGAAGAAAAAGCUGUAGGACAUGUCACUGAUAAGCCGGUGGGAUGGGGAUUCUUUCGUCUGCUCUGGUGUCUUCUUUUCUAUCGCCCUCUCAUUACAAACCGCCAUCUUGGACGGAAAAGCAUUGAGUUUAUCUUUGUGAAUUUCAGUGCCUGGCAGUAUGCAGGCAGUGACCGUCUCUGGGCCGGUCUAGUCACUACCCUCUGUGAUCAGAUUCGACGCCACUUUGGUGUCGUCCCAUUGAGUAUUUUCAAAGUUCUAGGAUCGGCACCUAAGAGAGAAAAUGAGGGUGAAAACAGUCUCAUUGAAUGGAUUUUCAAAAAGACUUUCUGCAUUAUCCUUGUGGUCGUUUUACUCUUAUUUAUCAUUGGAUUAGUUCUUCUGAUUGUGCCAGUGACUUCGGGGACUCCUGGAGACAGUGAGACGACCACUACAGUUUUUGGGAGUAUUGUAACUGUGCUGUCAGGUUCAAGUAUAAUUAUGACUUUGUAUAAGCUGUGUAAAGGUGUCCUAAUCAGUCAAAAGCAGAAGAUUGAACGACUAGUUAACAGUCAGAAGUUCAGCUCCCAAAUGGGCUUCAUGAAUGAGGUAAAGAAAGAAGUUGAAAUUGUCACUCAGAUGGUCCAGUGCAUGGAGAUCUUUCAAAAGCAGAAGAUCCGUGUGGUUUUGCAAAUCACGUGUCUAGAACUUUGUGCUCCUGACAAGGUGGUAGGGGUGCUAGAUGCUAUGAACACCCUACUAUCAGAUCGCAAAUCCCCCUUCAUUUCCAUAUUGGUAGUAGAUCCCAGCAUUAUUGUUACUUGUCUGGAAAGUGCAAGUUCUCUGAAAGGCAUGGCAGACAAUGGAUACAUGUUCUUAAACCGCACCGUUACUCUGCCAUUUUCUGUGCCAGCAUUAGGCAAGAGGACAAAACUUCAUCUUCUGAAGAAGGCUGUUCAGAGGACUGAGGAUCUCAUAGACUGGCCCAGUCGAAAUGAUGCAAAUCGUGGAACUAAGACUGGUAUUGCAGAGUCUGUGAGGCUUUUGAGGGGUGAAUUAUCAGAAGAUGAUGAGCCAGAGACAAAGGAAUCCAACAUUCAAGCAGGACGUUCAAUUCAGGAGACAUUUUACUGCUUAUAUAGCGAACGCGAGGUUCUAAACGAAUACAUUCCCGACAGUAUUUGCCAGAUGAAGAGGAUUGUCAAUACUAUUCCAGUGAUGGUCCAUCUGAUGAUGUUGAGCCGUAUUCCAUGGGAUCGACAAUCAGCCAGAUCUGUGGCAGCAUGGGUAGUACUUUGCAAUCAGUGGCCAUGCCGGUUAAGCUGGAUAUUACAGUGUCUGGAGGAUGAGGACCAGAGAGGUUCUAAGGAUGGGUUCUCUAACUGCUUCCUUUGGGAUGUGUUCAAGGAAAACAGCAAGGAACUCUUUGCUUUGAAGACAGCACUAAAGAAUCUUCUGGAUUUGGAUGCAGACCCUGAAAUUUUUCAGAGGUUUUUGUCUCAGGACUUCCCCUUCACGGUGGAAGAGGCAAUGAGAUUGAUUCCAUGCACUGUAAAUUUGGACUCUUCCAUAAAGCAGAAAAUGGGACUACAACGGGGUAUAAACAAUCUUCAGAAUGACUGGAAAGUGGUUGAGAGCAAGAUAUCAGAAGUUAUUAGGGAGGGGAAUUUAAAUAAGACCGAGACUGAGAAAGAUGGUGAUAAGGAUAAAGUUGAGGUUGAUGUGAAAGUAGAUGAUUCUACGAAGGACAACAAGAAAGAUGGUGGUACUUGUAAAAACGAGGAUAAAGAGUGUUGUACAGAGGAAUUUGUGAAGGGUGGAAGGAAAGACAGGCAAGAAACUGGUGAAGGCAGAGAUGAGUGUUGGGUGGAGAGUGAGAAGGAGGGAGAGAUGUACAGGAAGGAACCUGGUAAUGAAGGGCAUCAUCAAAGGCAGGACAUUGAGGUAGUGGAGGUACACGUGAAGUAG